UCUAAGGAAACUCCUCCACAUUAAUGACGAAAAAUCUUGGGUUAUUCGUUCUAUUCUUAUCCUUCAGUUCAUUGUUAUCACUGACUCUGUCUAGUGUUCACUCAAACGGCAUAGAUUGGUGGUGCAACAGAACCCCUUAUCCCGAAACUUGCAAACAAUCGUGGAGGGACAACGAUAACCACCAAAAGCUCUUCAUCCCAAAACUCAAGGCCGACUUCAAGAAACUAGAACUCCAAAUCUCGCUCAAACAGGCGCUGAAAGCCGACAGCCACAACAAGUGGCUCGGUUCCAAGUGCCGAAACGACAAGGAAAAAGCUGCAUGGUCCGACUGUUUGAAGCUCUACGAAGAUGCCAUUCUCUUGCUUAACAAAACCCUAGACCCCUCUACUAAGUGCACCGACUUCGACGCCCAAACAUGGCUCAGUACCGCCCUGACCAACCUCGACACUUGCCGCGCCGGUUUCGUCGAGCUCGGCGUCUCUGACUUCGUGUGGCCUCUUAUGUCCAACAAUGUUUCUAAGCUCAUAAGCAACACUUUGGCAACCAACAAUGCCUCAGCUCCUCCGGUGACGAAUGCCUAUAAGGACGGUUUUCCGAUCUGGCUCUCGCCGGGGGACCGCAAGCUGUUGCAGUCCUCGUCGCAGUCUCCGAACCUAGUGGUGGCGAAGGACGGGUCCGGAGACCACGAGACAAUUAAGGCGGCGUUGGACGCGGCGGCGAAGAGGAGUGGGAGUGGGAGGUUUAUUAUUCAUGUGAAGAGAGGCGUUUAUAAUGAGAACCUUGAGAUUGGAAAUAAAUUGAAGAAUAUCAUGUUGGUCGGUGAUGGACUGAGGUACACUAUUAUCACCGGUAGCCGUAGCGUUGGAGGCGGAGGCUACACUACUUUCAAUUCUGCAACAGUUGCGGUAACCGGCGAGGGUUUCAUCGCCCAGGGCAUCACAUUCCGCAACACCGCUGGUCCCGAGAACCACCAAGCUGUGGCCCUCCGGUCGGGCGCCGAUCUCUCCGUCUUCUACCGCUGCGGCUUCGAGGGCUACCAAGACACCCUCUAUGUCCACUCCCAACGGCAAUUCUACAAAGAAUGCUACAUCUACGGCACCGUCGACUUCAUAUUCGGCAACGCAGCAGCCGUCCUCCAGAACUGCAUGAUCUACGCUCGGCGGCCGAUGAGCAAGCAGAAGAACACGAUCACCGCCCAGGGCCGCACCGAUCCGAACCAGAACACCGGCAUUUCGAUCCAUAACUCGCGAGUCAUGGCCGCGGCGGACCUGAAGCCGGUGCUCAGCUCUUUCAAGACAUACUUGGGGAGGCCGUGGAAGCAGUACUCGAGGACUGUGUUCAUGCAGACGUACUUGGAUAGCUUGGUGGACCCCGCGGGGUGGCUGGAAUGGGACGGUGAUUUUGCUCUGAAUACUUUGUAUUAUGGGGAAUAUAGGAAUCUAGGGCCGGCUGCUUCCACCAGCAGGAGGGUGAAGUGGAGCGGUUAUCGAGUUAUAACUAGCUCGUCCGAGGCUUCGCAGUUCACCGUUGCGAACUUCAUUGCCGGGCAGUCGUGGUUGCCGGCAACCGGCGUGCGGUUCACUGCUGGCCUGUGA